UCUGUAGAAAGAAGCUGUUGACGAUUCGCGUAACCACAUGGCACAGAGGAGUAAUUAGUACUAUAGUAGUGCUAGAGGCUAAAAGAGAAGAAAUGAGAGUGAAAGUGCUCCACUUCAUUGUUCUAACCUUCACAGCAUACUUUGCCUGGCUGGGUAGCUUUCUACUGGAGUCCCUCUACCAGGGCCUGCCCUCUGAGGAGGCUAUGAAAGAGAGGAACAGACAGAAAGGCAAUGAACCACCAUUCCCAGGGGCUGAGAACGACAACAUCAUCUGGUUCCUGCAGAUAUCUGAUAUUCAUCUGUCUCACUAUCGCAAGAAUAAUGUGUCUGGUGCUUUUCGUUACUUUUGCUCUGAAACUCUGGACACCAUUCGACCCUCGGUAGUCAUGGCGACUGGUGACAUCACCCACGCCAAGUACGCUGAUAGUCGGUCGUCGAAACAGUUUCAAAUUGAGUGGGACUGGUACAAGGAGAUACUGAAUGAGUGCAGUGUGAGAGAGAAGGUGGCCUGGCUGGAUAUCAGAGGGAACCAUGACAAUUUUGAUGUAGUUAACCACGACCACGACUCAAACAUAUUCAGGGACUUCUCCGUGUCUGGUGAGGCCCACGGCUCUCAGUCGUACCUCUAUACACACAACACAUCUUUCGGAGGGUACAGUUUCAUUGGUAUGGACGCCUGUCCCAACCCCGGACCAAGGAGACCAUACAACUUCUUUGGCAUACUCCACGAUGAAGACCUGCAAGUUCUCAGUCGUCUUUCCACUCUGGCCAAACAACGCUCCAACGCCACGAUGUGGUUUAGUCACUAUCCCUCCUCUACCAUUACCACACAUCGGCACGGAGACCUGCGGACUCUCAUGGCCUCCUCUGUGGCCCAUGUGUGUGGUCACCUGCACACUGCAGCCGACUUUGUGUACAAGAUGUACGGGAUACACCCCAGUGGACACUUGGAGAUGGAGCUCAUCGACUUCACUGGAAACAGACGUUAUCGUCUGAUGGCGUUUGACCACGAUCUCUUCUCCUUCACGGAUACCACUCUCACUCAAUGGCCGCUGGUGCUCAUCACUAACCCAAAGGAUGCUCAUUUCUCACUUCCCUCACGAGAACCGUUAGGACGGAUGGCCCACUCCACACACAUCCGAUUCCUGGCCUUCUCUACUAGUCCAAUAAUCGAAGUGAAGGUCUGGGUGGACGAGAAGCCAUUGGGCAUGCCCAGUAGACAGGGGGAGGGGCCUCUUUACGCAUUACCAUGGUCACCCGAUAAGUACAGCACCGGACUCCACAAGAUUAUGGUUACAGUUAAGGACUCUAGUGGCAGAGAGGCUAGAGUGGAGCAGGUCUUCUCCCUGGAUGGGACCACAGCCUCUCUGGACCUCCUCCCACAGAUGCUGCUCCUCCCCGACCUACGAGCACUGACCAGAGUGGGUUUCCUGUUCCUGUGGAUGAUGGUGGUGGUGUCACUACUGUUAGCUUGGUGCAAUCAUGGACACCCCUCACAAGUGUACCCUAUUGUGAAAGACAAACUGACAUUUUUCACACUGCUCUGCUUUGAAAUCUACUUUGGGAUUGGGCCGUGGUAUGUUGCCGAGGUGUUGACGGGAGCCUAUGGGUUUGUAGGGGCACACGGAGUGUACGUGAGUGGUCACUUCCUCCCCGGGUCCAUGACAUACCUCUAUGGAACAGCGCAGAUGGUACUGUUUCACAUUCCUUUCAUCUUCUACCUCAACCACAUCAAAUCACACGACCGUCAUGUGACUAGCCUGAAGGGCAAGCUCUUCAACGGUGGCUGUCAUGUGAUCAUGUUCCUGCUGUGGCUCCUCCAGGCCUCGUGGGCUAUAACCAUAUAUGUCUAUGGCUGGGUGGCUGUCGUCCUGAGCCCUGGAGUUGUGUGGAUUGUACCAAUGAGCUUAGCUCUCGUGUGGAGGGCUAGAACUCACAAAGUUAGAAAUUAAAAAUGUUGUAUUAUUUAUCAUCAGGAAAUCAUAUAAUUUAUAAUUGUAGGGUUUGCUUUAGUAGCUAGAGAUCAUAAUCAUUAUUAUGUCAUUAUCAAAAUUAAUUAAUUUUGUCCAACAGUGCAAAGCAUUGAAAUUGGUCAUGAAAAAGUUAACAA